GUCCCGCAGCUCGCCGCUUGCUUAUUUUGCACACUCGAGUCGAGCCGAGCAGUCGCCAGUCGUCGCAGCAACAGACGCAGAAAAGAAAGAAGUUCAGCGCUACUUUGCGGCAUGUUCAACCUGCGGCAACCUCCGUUUCAAAACGCCGAGCCAGCAACUGUUUGAUUGUUUGAUUUUUUUUUAUUUUUCCUGGCUCUUUCCGUCGCCUUUUUCUUGCCCUCUCCAGCUGAUGUAAAGAAAUCUCUUAGCAGCAAUGAUGUGGACCUCUCACGAUACCGCUGGAUUUAUUUUCCUGGCUGGCUUUUGUGUGCAUUUUGGAUUCUCCUUUGAAGGUCGCUUCACUGAUCUACCCUCUAACAUGACGGUUAAAGAGGGACAGAACAUAGAGAUGGCGUGCGCGUUCCAGAGCGGAACCACCUCAGUUUAUUUGGAGAUCCAAUGGUGGUUCGUGAAAGUGCCGGAACCCACUGAGGCCGUGGAGGAUGUGGAUACUGAAGAGAUGGAGAUAACACCAGAGCCUCAUCCUGAUGACGAGGGGACAAAAAUCAGUACCGUCAAAGUGCAGGGCAACGAUAUCUCCCACAAGCUCCAGAUCUCCAGAGUCGGCAAAAGUGAUGAGGGCUUGUAUGAGUGUCGUGUGACACAGGCCAACUAUGGAGAGAUUGUGGAUUACAAAGCCCAAGCUUGGCUGAGGGUCAAUGCCUCCGCCAGAGCGAGACGUCCGUUGCCGCCUCCCAAGAAAAGCUCCCCCCUGCACCUGACAGACAAGAAACCGAGAAAGUCCGUCUCAUCUUUGGGUCAAGACAGCAUGAGUUCAGAUCAGAGGGUGGACUCCUCGUCUUCUUCCCACACAUCCUCCAAUGCGGAUAAACACAACCCCAGCUCAGGUACAAGAAUAUCAGCCUGCUACCAACUUGUUGUCAUCCUUCUGGCUUACGGUUUGGUGAGGGAGGCCUUGUUAUAAAAUGCAGAGGGGAUAUGUAUGAGGAACUGACUUGGUUGAAACCAGAUCUCACAUUCGCUCUGUUUGCUCUUAAAGCGAACAAGAGAUUUGCUUGUUUUAUGUCCUCCUCCGACACUACCAUGCGGACUUCACCGUAUAGCCUCAUUUGCCAGCCACUACUACUCUUGCACCGAGCACAUUAUUAUUAGCCACUACAAAAAAAAAAAAAAUAAUCGCCUCCUUAGAAUCAGAUGGAUUACCUUUUGUACAAAGGUCAUGGUUACAUCAGCCAAGGUGCAAUGCUCCAAUGUGAAAAUGAACUCCUGUUAGAUAACUCACAUGGAGGAAUCACUUUCUUAUGGUUUCGCUGUUCCGGGUCAUGUGUUCAUUGGUCAAAAUGAACCAGGAAAAAGAAGAAUCUAUAUUUGUGUUAUAAAUAUAUAUAUAUAUGAAAUUAUAUAUACAUCUGUUUAAUUUGAAACACUUAGCGUUAAUGUUUGUGCCGUAUAUACAUAGCUGACACUGACACCGGAUGGCUCAUGCCUUUCAUUGUGAAUAGGCCCCGAUCAACGACAAAAAAAGAUAUAUAUAAACAGAAUUUCAUUUUAUUGACUGUUACCAUUAGCCCUCCCUCAUUUCUUUCAUUUGUCUUUAAGCUGUUCAAAUGAUCUGGUGUGCAUACAUUUACGUCUCGUUUGUGAUACAAAUGUGCAUGCUUGUUGAUCAAGGCUUAAAGGAGAGGAGGUGUGUAUUACAUGAUUUGAACACCAGUCAGCACUUGGAGUUCAGUGUUUCCGUAUUUCAGAUUUAGCUUUAUUUCAAUGUGCUAGCUUUGAUGUGGAACAAAAAAGAAAAACAUGUCUUUGCCAUUUUUAUUUGUAUUGCACCCUCUGAAUGAAUAAAAUGGAUGUCACAAUUCAUGAAUAAUUCCCAGUAUGUCACCGCUGAAGAAUUCAUUUAAACUCACCAAGACAUUUAUUAUCAAAGAAGCGGUUUUUAAAUUGUAUGCCUUCCUGUGUGAUAACUAUCUCAUUACAAAGAGUAUUUGGCCAGUAGGGAUAAUGAGUUUUGCCAAUUUUGCUGAUACACACGUUGCAUAAUAAAACGGACGCCUGGGUGAAUCAUGACAGAAUAUUCUGUGUGGGAGGAGCAGCUUCUCUAAAAAGUAAUAAAGAUCCAUGCAGAACAUUUCUAAACUCAUCGCUUUGACAAUCUGACACAAACGGGCCAAACUGUUUUGACACCAGAUAAGGACGGUUUCACAUCAUGUCAGACCACUUCCGCUUUGUCUCUUCUAGAGGGUAUCGUCAUUUCUGCUUCACUUAUGGAAUAAGGUAUAAACAAAGAAAUAAUAGUUGCAAAGAUUUCAUUUUCCGCUUCAGGGUGGUGCUGGAACUUGUCACAGCUUACUUGAGUUGAGAGGCGGGGUACAAACUGUUCACCCUCGCAUUCACACCUAUGGACAAGUUGGAUGUUUUUAGAAGGUGUGACGGAGCCAAAGUACCCACAAAAAAAGCAUCUACAUUGGUGACUAAUGGAAAAAUGUUCAUGUACUAAGCAGAGUAUUAUUUUUUUAAAGCUGCCUAUUCCGGAUAAUGUUUCUGGAAGCAAGCCGAUCAAAGGGAGUAUUAUUUUUUUAAAGCUGCAUAUCCCCGAUAAUGUAUCUAGAAGCAAGCCGAUCAUAUUUUUUCACAUUCUCAUACUUCUAGGGAGACAGUAGUGAAUCCCCGCGGGGAACAGUCCUUGUACUGUUCCUCUUCACCUUGUACAUUACAGAUUUCACGUAGAGCUCUGACUGCUGCCACCUGCAGAAGAUCUGUGACGACUGCUAUUGUCAGUCGUGUCAGGGAGGACGAUCACAAGGGAGUUCAGAGAACCGAUUUAGUGGCGCGGCUCUACAUCGAUACGGAGAAGAUGGAGGCGGAUUUCUACAGGCCCAGUCAAAGAGACACAGCCUUCCAAACACUGAUGAACAUCCAAGGGAAGGUCUUACAGCAAAUAAGUUGUUCACCGGAACAAUAAACAAGACUCGUCUGGGGUUUUUUUUGGUACUGUGACUGCGCGAAAAAGACAAGCGCAAAUUGAUUCUGCUGAGGAGGCUCGGGUCUUACGGCAUUCAGUGGGCCCUCCUGAGGACGUGCAUGACUCACUUGUGGCAUUUUACAAGGACUGCUGCUGACAGGGGCAAAUUGUACAGGCUAAUCGGGAAGGCCAGUCUGUCCUGGGACUUACCCUGGACUCAUUGCAGGAGAGUCGAGGAGAUGAGAAUAAUUGAUAGACAACGACUACCAUCAAGUACUCGGGAGUUGCUUCGACGGCAGACUCCUUCACCCCAAAUGCUCAAAAGAGAGGUCCUGGACUUCCGAAAUAAGUCACUCCUUCAUAAUUGAAAAUAGAAUUCAUGCUGCCCUUGGUUGCUAUAAUUUCUGGACUAUAAGCCGCACCUGAAUAUAAGACUAAAACUAAAAUUAGGGGGAAAUCCUUUUUUGUUCUUAUAUAAACCGCACUGGACUAUAAGCUGCAGGUGUUUUAAUGGAAUUUGUUUUACCUUAAAAGUAUGUCUGUUAGUAAAACAAACAUGUACCUCACUCUCUUACACUGCUAUCGGUUUUGCGGCUUAUUUGUAACGACAUAGAUAAAUCGUGAAAUUAACGGAGCGGAAGUGGUCUGACCGCACCCUGCAAAGGGUUUAUUAAUUAAACGAUGCUGUUCUUCAAUUUUUAGUUGACACAUCCGACAGAAUCAACCACACUGAGCAGACUAGUGGUUUUUAAGUUCACACAAUACUGUCAAGCCAAGUUUAAUAAUGAAUAAAUUGCCAUGCAAGGAGAUAAGCACAUAUUGUCCUACUUGCUCGGUGCUCAACAUUUAGACCCGUGGUUAUUUGUUUGUUUUUUUUGCCUGUGAGUUUCUCCUCAACUUUAGCUUAACCAGUUGAGCUGGAUUCUCAAAAAGAGGAGAAGGACAUGAACUGGAUUUAGCACAGCGGUUCAAAGACUAAUAGCGUGCCAAGCUUUGCGGAAACAUCAGAGACGGCUGCUCAUCAAGAGACUUCUAGCCUGGGAGCAUGAUGUGUGGGCACUGAAGGGGAGGCCUAGCUCAUCCCUCAAAUUCCAAACAGUACCUAUAGAAUCACCGUUUAAAUAUUUAGAACUUUUGGAGAUAGGAGGGUGGUGAAAAUGUGCUUUGGAUUCAAAUGUAAAGAAUAACGUCUGUACAACGUGUACAUUUGCAUGUUUUGUUUUCUAUUUGAAAAGACGGAGGCCCGAGAUUUAUUGUACUUGUAUAAAUUGUGCCAUGUAAGACAUUCAAUUCAAAGUGGGUUUCCUCCAUCUCUUCAAAUUGAGUAAGAUGAAUUUGAAAAAGGAAAUCCAAUUAUAUAUAGAAAUAUUUCCUUUCAUUCAUCUAUUGUAAAUCUAUUGACUGUGGGGCUUAUUGGUACAGAUGAAUGACAAAUAGGUGUUGAAUGAUAAAGACCUGUGACUGGACAUGGUCAAAGAUGGAAAUUGUUUGUAGCAAAAGUGUAAAAGCUCAGGAAGCCUUUUUUUUUCCCCAUCUAAGUUUCUGUUGUGUUUGAAAGUAGAAUGUACUUCACUUCAAUGUAGUCUUGUCCGAUAAGCUGUUUUGAGUAUUCUCUUUAAAUUUGGUGUUGUGUGUGACAUCUGUACUGAAACAUUGCAACAUUUUGUAUAACGAAGGC